GGAGGAAUGGCGACGUCGUAGCAUUCAGCACACGCCCUUCAUGCCAUCACGAGGCGAGACCGGCUAGUGUCGCACUCUGACAUCACUUUGAAGGGAAAAAUGCAAACGUCUGUGCUGUUUCUCGCCCUCGUGGCCACGGCGCUCGCUCAGCAGAGGAUCUUAAACAACCGACACGGCAGCGGCUGGUAUAGUUCUGGAAACAAUUACGGUUCCUCGGGUUCCUACGGUGGCGGCGGUUCCUCGGGCUCUUAUUGCUGUGGCGGCGGUUCCUCAGGCUCUUAUGGCGGUGGCGGCGGUUCCUCGGGCUCUUAUGGCGGCGGCUUCGGUUCUUCUGGAUCUGGAGGCGGUUCAAGCAGUGGGGGAGUCCUUGUGACAGGACUCAUAAGCGGCUUCGUAACCGGCGUCCGCCCGACUUCAGGGGGCUUCAACACAGGGGGAAACUACGGCUCUGUAAACUACGGGUCGGGAGGUUUCGGUUCGGGAGGAUACGGCUCAGGAAACCUUGUAUCUGGAGGAUCGGGAUCCGGAGGCUACGGGGGAGGCAGCAGCAGCUCCUGCAGGUAUUGGUGCAGAAGCGGCAACAACCAGUUCUACUGCUGCGAGAACUCCAGUCAGACCACCAGCAAUAUAGCUGUUCACCCGGGGAGCUGCCCAGCAGUGCGCCCUCUGUGCCCCGGGACGCGAGGUCUACCACCCAAGACGUGCAGCAACGACGGCUCGUGCGGCUGGGCAGACAAAUGCUGCUUCGACAGCUGCCUGAAGCUGCAUGUGUGUAAACCUGCUUUAAAAUGGAUGAACGCAAGCAUAGGUUUGGGCUUUGCUAGAGAUCUCGAUGCUCUCCCCGUGGUACAAUGA